AUGAGCGCUCGGGCACCUUUCGUCCCUCAAAGACCAGUUUCACGUCAAUACUGUCAUCAGUCUGAACGUAAUGCCUCUGAAUCACAGCUUCCUCAUGAUACGUCUGCUGUACCUAGUCUCCAAAAUUUCAAUGCAAGCUUGGACACAACAUCCUCCAACUCGCAGCAGCUCGACGAUCACUUCAAUGAUCAGGACUGCGUGCGGAAGGACGGCGCUAUGAACCACCUUACACUGGGAGUCAACAAGCCAUUGAAUUUGUCAGCAUUCACAAAGAAGAAACCGAUGCAGCAAAUUGCUACUGGCAAAUCGCGCAGAUCAUUUGAGGAUUCGACUGUGCAAUCUUGCUCGCCAAGGCCUAUGUUACCACCGCAGCAAGCUUCGCACAGUGCUUCUCUCUCCCCCUUCUUUCAUAAUGUGCCUGAAAUUGCACCAACGGCUGGGAUUCAUGUUCCUCCCGCGAUUACGUCUAAGAUGCAAGCAGAAACACCUCCAAAAGAUUUCAGCUCCAAUCAUGCGCAUAUACCCGACUCUGUCUUGCUUUCUGGUCUUCAGAUGUCGGAUAGGCUUCAGAUGAUGCAAGGCUUGCCCUCCGAUAACUCUUUACCUUUCUCUCCUCUUGACUCAGCAGCUCCUGUGCAGAACCGCGAACAAGGAUCUCGUCUGUUGCUCGAAGAGCUACAAGAAUCUGUAGACGGCGAUGAAUGCAAUGAAAAUCAUAAAAUGAUCCAGUACGGGCAUCGCUCGAAGGAAUACUGUAAUUUCAGCGUCGAACUAUCUGGGAUUUUGCCAUCAAACACUAAUGCGCGUUGCGGCAAUCCAUUGACGAGAGCGGCUAAGCGUAUGCAAGAAGUUGAUCAGGAUCACGACAUGUAUAACACGAAGCGUUAUAAGAUGGACCGCGUUUCUACGCUGGUUUCUCGUGACGCAGAUUCCACAGAUCACUUCGCAGUGCCUGACGAUCCGGCGCAUUUAUGCGAACAGACACUUGUUGACCAUCAUCAAGGUUCAUCCCUAAGGUCCCCAUCCGACGCGAGAUCUCUAGCGGCUGAAGAUGGGAAGAGUGAAGCGUUAUACAAAUUACUUGGACGCGAUUUAAACGCGUUUGUAGAAGACCGUGUGGAGGCAUAUGAGGCUGCCAAGAAGAAAUGGUCUGAGUGCUCUAUGGAGGAAUGGAAGACAGGGGCCGAAGAGGUGGCUGGCAAAUUCGCGAGCGUUAUAGGCUACGUCAAAGAACACAUGAGUGCGAAACUCGUUCUUUAUGCCAACCUUCAUUCCGUGGUCGCUGCGCAGAGAUCUGCUCUUUCUGAACGAGAAAGGGUGCUGGUUGAUGCACGAGACGGUUUGGUGAGAGAAGGUGGGAAUGUGGUUAGCCAGAACAUGGCUGGUUUUCGAGGAAAUGUGGGAGAGAACGAGGCUGAAGUAUAA